UGUCAAUUCGAAAUGCAAGAAUGCAAAUCCAAAGCCGAAAUGCACUCAAAGAAGCCAUACAAAAAUAUUUAUCACACCUGCCCAUAAAAUCACACGUUAAGUGCCAAAUCAAACUGUAAUUUAGCUAGAAAUAAAUAAUCCGCAAAUAUAAAAAAGCACUUCCAAAGAGAAAUAUUACAAUGUGAAAUUUUUUGACAUCACAUAUUGGGUGCAUUGAAGUAGGCGAAUUGCAGCGUAUGUAAAAUUAAGCAGUGAUGAUGUGUCAGCAACGAUUUUCAAUAAAAUUCCAAGUGCGUUCAAUAAUAUCUACAAUUUUAAAAUACAAGUCAAAAACAAUCAUAUGGACAAUAUAGCAUAUAAAAAAGUUUGGAAUGCAUAGCAUUUGAACUAUGUACGUACAUUUAGGAAAUAUUUUUAUAAAAAACAUGAUUUCGCCAAAAAGUGCUUAAGUCAUAAUAUCGAAUUUUUGUGUAUAAAUGCGUGUGUGUACAUAUGAAAGUGCAUACAUAGCUUUAAAUUGAUUAUAAUAAUAUUAUAACCUUAAUUAAUAUACAGAAAUUACUUAACGACGUUCUACAAAAUGCGUACUGUAUUUAAACAGUUGUAUCAACGAAGAUUUCUAGUCAUUUUCGCAAUUCAUUUGUGUUUGUUGGAAAAAUCAAUAUUGCUGUGCAAUUGUAUUCAUGGUUUAAGAAAUGUCACAGAGAGCGCCGAAUUAGUCACCGGUAUUGAGUCGAGUUUAUCAUUGCCCGAUAUAUUGCCAAUACCAUCGAAAAAUUAUGAUAAAAAUCGUGCACCAAAACUACUGGGACAGCCAACCGUUGUUUACUUUCAUGUGACAGUGUUAUCGCUGGAUUCCAUCAACGAGGAAUCGAUGACAUAUGUCACAGAUGUAUUCCUAGCACAAAGUUGGCGUGAUCCACGCCUGCGACUGCCAGAGAACAUGAGCGAACAGUAUCGUAUAUUGGAUGUCGAUUGGUUGCAUAACAUUUGGCGGCCGGAUUGCUUCUUUAAGAAUGCCAAAAAAGUCACAUUUCACGAAAUGAGCAUACCGAAUCAUUAUUUGUGGCUAUACCAUGAUAAAACCUUGCUCUACAUGUCCAAGUUAACUUUGGUGUUGUCCUGUGCCAUGAAAUUCGAGUCUUAUCCGCAUGACACACAAAUCUGUUCCAUGAUGAUUGAAAGCUUAUCACAUACGGUUGAGGACCUGGUGUUUAUUUGGAAUAUGACCGAUCCGCUUGUGGUUAACACCGAAAUCGAGUUACCACAAUUGGAUAUAUCGAACAAUUAUACAACCGAUUGCACUAUUGAGUAUUCAACAGGCAACUUCACUUGCCUGGCCAUUGUUUUCAAUCUGCGUCGACGCCUCGGCUAUCAUCUCUUUCAUACCUAUAUUCCGUCGGCGCUGAUCGUGGUCAUGUCGUGGAUUUCCUUCUGGAUCAAACCCGAAGCUAUACCGGCUCGUGUUACGCUCGGCGUCACAUCGCUACUCACACUCGCCACACAGAAUACCCAAUCACAACAAUCGCUGCCGCCGGUGUCGUACGUCAAGGCCAUCGAUGUGUGGAUGUCAUCGUGUUCGGUAUUUGUAUUCCUAUCGCUGAUGGAAUUUGCAGUGGUGAAUAACUAUAUGGGCCCGGUGGCGACGAAAGCCAUGAAGGGCUAUUCGGAUGAGAAUUUACACGAUAUCGGUGACAUGAAGGUGAGAAAGAAUCAUCAUCGCGAGUCGAUAAUUGAACCACAGUACGACACAUUCUGCCACGGACAUGCCACAGCGAUUUAUAUUGAUAAAUUCUCGCGUUUCUUUUUUCCAUUUUCAUUUUUUAUACUGAACAUUGUUUACUGGACAACCUUUCUCUAGUUGUUCGUGUUUAAAAUAAACGGAAAAAGUUGUUUUGUUUGUUGAAAAUAUGUA